ACAGGCCAAAACUUUGAUCCCAUUGAUGUGUUUCAUGAGGCUGUGCAGCUGAAACCCAAGCCCAGUAACAUGUCAGACUUUGUGAACUAUUCUAAGCAUCAGUUGCUGACGCCGAGAUGAGGGGUGGGGGUUUCUGUGGGCACAUAUGCGCCUCCAUAAGAGCUCCCAAUAGGAAUUGGUGGCCGCUAUGAGCACCGUCUGACAUGCUGUCCCUUAAAGUUGGGAAAUAAAGCUGUUUAUAGCCCCCAUAUCACAGUUCACAGUCCCGGAUGUGAGAGUCUGGUCAGAUCCAUUUGUGGUGUGCGAGUGUGUUUUUAAUGCUCCAAAACGGUCUUGUAGUCCAGAGUUUGGUCCAAAAGUGAGGAUUAGUGCAAAGGCAGAUCGCUAGGAGCUGUAGUGACCUUGGGACUACUUGCUGAGGGCAGGACAGAAUUCCUGAAGGGACACAUGGUCUAGAGUGACAAGGCCAUCUGCUGUAGCGCCAGCAGUAGGGAGCGAGGUGGAGGGGGUUGUACACCGGGGUGCUGAGAAUUCCUUUCGCUGGGGUGUGGAGGGAGCAGAUAUUCUGGGAUAUCACUGCUAGCACUCCACCGGGAAAUGUAUUUCUUUCGCGUUUUUCAAAUGGAAAUCUGAGGGAGAAUUUUUGUACACUUGAUGGUGAGUGGGGAUCAUUGCAGGGUUAAAUGGGGAAGAUAUUUUUCUGGCCCUCCAGCUCUCCACAAAGCAGUUGGUGAUAAUGGUCUUGGUGUGUCGCUGUUUUACUUUUUUGGAUCCAGUUUCCUUUCCAUCUCAGCACAGUCGGAGCUGAGAGAGCGGGAUCCGGUAGGCCUUCUGGCACCAGCAUCUCAGAGGAUCAUCUUCAAGGGAUCUUUGGAGUUGUGCUGUGCAUGGCGAGGAUCUACUUUCUUGCUGCCUCACUGAAAUUGCAUGGCCUAAACGAAUGAAUAUUUUUAUGAGGCGCCUUUCACCAGAGAUGGGCCAGGACCAAACUAAGCAGCAGAUAGAGAAGGGCCUGAGGCUGUAUCAGUCCAAUCAGACAGACAAAGCCCUGCAUGUGUGGACAAAAGUGCUGGAGAAGACCUCAGAUCCUGGAGGGAAGUUUCGGGUGUUGGGGUGUCUGAUCACAGCUCACUCAGAGAUGGGAAAAUAUAAAGAUAUGCUCAAGUACGCCCUCGAUCAAAUCGACACAGCCAGAGAAAUGGAGGACCCAGACUACCUGACAGAGGGCUACCUGAACCUGGCGCGCAGCAACGAGAAGCUGUGCGACUUCCAGAAAACUGUCUCCUACUGUAAGACCUGCUUAAACAUGCAGGGCACCACGGUCAGUCUGCAGCUCAAUGGACAGGUAUGUCUUAGCAUGGGCAACGCCUUCCUGGGCCUCAGUGUCUUCCAGAAAGCUUUGGAGAGUUACGAGAAGGCCCUGCGCUACGCACACAACAAUGACGACAAGAUGCUGGAGUGCAGAGUGUGCUGCAGUCUGGGAAACAUCUACGUCCAACUUAAGGACUAUGAGAAAGCCCUGUUCUUCCCCUGCAAAGCAGCUGAGCUCGUCAAUGACUAUGGCAAGGGUUGGAGCCUCAAGUAUCGAGCCAUGAGCCAGUACCACAUGUCUGUAGCCUACAGGAAACUGGAGCGCCUGCCAGACGCCAUGGAGUGCUGUGAGGAAUCUAUGAAGAUUGCUCUGCAGCACGGUGACCGUCCUCUGCAGGCUCUGUGCUUACUAAACUUUGCAGACAUACACCGCUGCAGGCAUGACACUGAUAAAGCAUUCCCUCGCUACGAGUCUGCACUGGGCAUCAUGACUGAGAUUGGAAACCGUCUCGGGCAAGCACACGUCUACCUGGGCGUCGCAAAGUGUUGGCUUCUGCAGAAAGACCUUGAAAAGGCUCUUGAUUCUUUGCAGCGAGCACAGGAAUUAGCAGAUGGAAUGGGAAACAAGCUGUGUACACUGAAGGUUCACUGCCUUUGCGAGGGGAUUUAUCGAAGCCGGGGGCAGCAGGAGGAGCUCAGAGAGCAGGUGGUGAAGUUCCUGCAGUGCGUCGAGGAGCUGGAGCUCUACUGUGGCAUGUGUGGAGAGUCCAUCGGGGACAGGGACCAAAAGCUGCAGGCCUUGCCCUGUUCCCACAUUUUCCAUCUCAAGUGUCUGCAGACAAACGGGACAAAGGGAUGUCCUAAAUGUUUCAAGUCCUCCAUGAAGCCUGGAUUUGUGUGAUUGUGAGACGAUGUUUGUGCAUUGGAUCUGCAGACACAGCGUGAUGCCUCACAGGCUCCUGACUGAUCUCAGAGAAGCAGGCAGCCUCAGGAUGUGCUGAAGAUGAUUGAGGUGAAUUAAUUCACUGCUCUGUGCUGAGGAUGCUGACCUGAACCUAUAGUGUCCCAGAGUGCGUGAGGACGCGAUCAAGGCAUCCAUCUUGUUUACAGACGUCAGUCUGUGAGUGACUGAAGCUGACUGAAGAGAUAUAACUGGCAGAGUUACAUUUCAAUACGAGCUGAAGAAGAAAGAACCUACAUUUGCUCUGAUGACUAGCCAUUUUGUGCAGAAUUCAAAAAGAGAGGAGUGGCGUCCAAAGAGCAUUUGUAACUUGGUGUAUUUGCUAUUUUGUGCAUUAGAAUUCUUGUUGAAUUUUGGAAGAAUUCAGUGAAAUCUCAGUAAUCUUAGUCAUAGGGUUUGUCGUUCUAAUUCAACAUUACUUUUUACACCACAUCUGCUUGUUCAUUACUCAAGACUUUUUGAUUCUUUUCUUUCUUUCUUUUUUUGUAAAUCAGAACACAGAGUAAUUUCUGGAUUUAACUGAUUUCAUACUUGGUAUAUUUAUUAUUGUAUUCCUGUACAUACUAUUCUCAUAUAAAUUUGUUUAAACGUUUGA